UCUAACAGAACCACACCUCGGGCAGGGGUUGGAGUUCCCAAGGAAAGUUUCCUCCACAGAGAGCCGGCCGGGGGGGGGAAGCCCCGGAGAAAGCCCCGCUGGGACCGGGCUGCGAGAAGGGGAAGGUGUGGCCAGCGCAGGGGACCUGAACGGUGACACACGACCCUGAGAGCUGAAGGGGAAAGUGACCUUCCCCCGCUUCCCUUGGGAUUUCCUAGCCGAGACCAACUACACCUGCUCCAUGGAGUGACUCAGAGCUGGGCCUGGGCUGCCAUUUCUCUUGGGUGUAAACCCUCCCAGUUCAAGUGGGAGUGAAGCCGGGGGCCGGAGGAGCCUUGACCACAUCUGGAAGCGGAGCGACCAGAAGGGGGGAAAAAAAGAAAAACUGGAAGCCUCUGCGAAUAUGAGUGACUUUUGGCACAAGCUUGGCUGCUGCGUAGUAGAGAAACCACAACCGAAAAAGAAAAGGAGGCGAAUUGACCGCACUAUGAUAGGGGAGCCGAUGAAUUUUGUACACCUGACGCACAUCGGAUCAGGUGAUAUGGCAGCUAACGAGGGCCUUCCCAUGACAGGCGCUGUUCAAGAGAUGAGAUCCAAAGGCGGACGGGAGAGACAAUGGAGUAGCUCCAGAGUUUUGUAGCUCUAGCAACGGAGUGUAGCAACAGAGUGUUCUAGGCUAUGUCAACAGCCCACACUUGAAUUGCCUGUUUGCCAGACCGGUGGAAAUACAAAUAUCUAGCGCUUUAUUCACUCGAUAACUUAUGCAAACUGAUCCCAAACUUCAAAUUUUUUUUUACAUGUUUUCUCAGCAUCUAAUAAGUUUUCUCUGAAAGUGCAAUGUGGGUUUUUUUUUUUUUUUAAUACUGAAAGUUCCCC